AUGUUUGUAACAUCAUGGAUCUGGGGAGUGGUCGCUGUACUCUGCUGUGCAUUUUGGCUUCUUCUAGGGAGGAGGAGGAGGCGACAAGGUGAACCACCACUUGAAAAUGGAUUCCUUCCAUACCUGGGCUGUGCCUUGCAGUUUGGUGCCAACCCCCUGGAGUUCCUCAGAGAAAAGCAGAAGAAGCAUGGACACAUUUUCACCUGCAGAGUAGCAGGGAAAUACAUUCACUUCCUGACCGACCCUUUCUCAUACAACACUCUGACCCGCCAGGGCAAACACCUGGACUGGAAGAAGUUCCAUUUUGCUACUUCUGCCAAGGCUUUUGGGCAUGGCAGCAUUGACCCAGCAGAGGGAAACACCACUGAAAAUUUCCAUCAGACUUUCAUUCGAACCCUUCAAGGUAAUGCCCUUGAUGCCCUCAUUGAAGCAAUGAUGGAGAACCUACAGUACGUCAUGCUGCAGUCAAGAACAUCUAAACCUCAGUCCAAUGCCUGGGUGACAGAAGGACUUUACACGUUCUGUUGCCAAGUGAUGUUUGAGUCUGGCUUUUUAACGCUAUUUGGUAAAGAAUUAAGUGCAAAUAAUGACAAAAAUCUAUCAUCAAAGCAGGACACUGAGAGAGCUCACAUCCUAAAUGCCAUGGAGAACUUCAAGGAAUUUGAUAGGAUCUUCCCAGCCCUCGUGGCAGGGCUGCCUAUCCACCUCUUCAAGAGUGCCCACAGUGCACGGGAGAAGCUGGGAGAAGCUCUCCUCCACAAGAACCUGCAGAAGAGGGACAACCUCUCUGAGCUGGUCACCCUCCGCAUGUUCCUCAACGACACUCUGUCAACCUUCGACGACAUGGAGAAAGCAAAGACCCACGUGGCAGUGCUCUGGGCCUCGCAAGCCAACACCAUUCCUGCCACCUUUUGGAGCUUGUUCUACCUUCUUAAGAAUCCAGAAGCAAUGAGAGCUGCUACCAAAGAAGUACAAACUGUUUUGGAAAAUGCUGGAGAAAAGAUCAGCCCAGAUGGCAAACACAUUUCCUUGACCCGAAAGCAGCUGGAUAAUAUGCCAGUACUAGACAGCAUCAUCAAGGAGGCAAUGAGGCUAUCGAGUGCAUCCAUGACUUUCCGAGUUGCCAAGGAGGAUUUCACUUUGCACUUAGAAAAUGAGUUUUACAACAUUCGCAGGGAUGAUAUUGUAGCUCUUUAUCCUCAACUCCUGCAUUUUGAUCCAGAAAUCUAUGCUGAUCCCUUGGCAUUCAAAUACGAUCGCUUUCUCAACGAGAACGGAGAAGAGAAGACGGACUUCUACCGCAACGGCCGCAAGCUCAAGUAUUACUACAUGCCCUUUGGGACAGGCAUAGCCAAGUGCCCUGGCAGGUUAUUUGCUGUCCAUGAAAUUAAGCAGUUUCUAACUGUGAUUUUUUCAUAUUUUGAGAUGGAGCUUGUGGACACCAAUGUACAAUGCCCUUCUCUAGAUCAAUCCCGGGCAGGACUAGGCAUUUUGCAGCCAACCAAUGACAUUGAUUUCAGGUACAGACUGAGACACCUGUGA